AUGCGUUUUACUGUCACAUUAGGCGGUCCCAUGGACACAUUUUCGAUUGCAGCUCUCGCAAUAAACGAUCAGAUAAAAAAGAUUCCAAAAUUUAAACCUUCACAAUGGCUUGGAUUAGCCCCAGUUACAACGGAAAAUCACCUUCCCUCUGUCAGCAACAUAUUUGUGGAAAUCUUCAGACUCCUUACUCUGCCUCACAUUCCGCCUCCUCUGCCUCCACUUCUUCCGCCUCCCUCGCCUGCGCCAUGGCCUCCGUGUUUGAUGAACAAAGAGGCACCGCUAGAUCUGAGUCGUAAGACCGCUACCGUAGCCUCUGGUAGUAAACCUGUACAGAGGCGGGCUAAGACCAUCAAUAGUACCUACCACAAUAAUUAUAACCACUCUCAUCAUCACCAUCAUCAUCACCAUCAUGGAUCAGGGAAACAGCCAAUUCCUCGAUGUUUUGAGUGCAAACGAUUGUUUCCUACUCUAUGGGAUCUUAAUAUUCAUUUUCUAAGGGAGCAUCAAUCAACUUUACAGCGAGAGUUCACGCAGAAUAGGUCGUGGAAGACGUGCUCCUUGGAGAACAUCUCAGUGCAUCAACUACAAACAACCCUCCGAAGGGGAGCAGUGGAGAGGACAGGCUAUCCCUGUCCACACUGUGACUACUUUGCCAAAUGGCCAACUGAGUUGCAGAAGCACAUAAUGGUUCACUCAAAGGAGCGUCCACAUCAAUGUGUAAUCUGUGGUCUGACCUACAAGUGGAAGUGGGAUUUGGGUCGUCACUUCGAUAAGUCGCAUCAUCAUGCUGUGAAUCCCUACAAGAAGACCUGCCUCUCUGUGAGAGCAGCAAGACAACAACAACAAAGAGCCGCAAAACGAUCAUUGGGACAUCGUUGUGCACGCACUUCAAUGUCACUUACACAACUUUCACUUCCACCGCCUGCAACUCACCUUCACUCUUACCUGCCUCCCUCAUCGUUUUCCACUUUCAUUUCGCCUUUUUCGAAUCCCCAAAUUGAACAGUAUUUUUGA